AUGUCUCGCUUUAUUGGAGAACAAAUACAUCAUGUUAGAAAGACAGUUGAACGAUUACAUAUUCGUCAAUCCGAUGAUGAUCCUGAAGAUAGUAUUACUACACAAUAUGGUUUUAUGAAAUUUGAUGAAAAUGAACCUGAUAAAACAACUCGUCCAUCACAAUUUAUUCGAUUAGCACUUGAUACUAAUGCUGAAACAAUUGUUGAAUUUAUGAAAGAAGCAUGGCAUUUACCAACGCCUGAUUUAAUCAUUUCAGUAACUGGUGGUGCAAAACAUUUCGAGCUUCCAGCUCGUCUUCGACUAGCAUUUCAACUUGGUUUACUUUCUGCUGCUGCAACAACAAAUGCAUGGAUAAUUACAGCUGGAACAAAUGCUGGUGUUGUUACAGAAGUUGGAGGAGCAUUGAAUAAAUAUCGUUAUAAAAAUCAAAAAGAUGGCCUUGAAAUACCUUGUAUUGGUAUUGCAAGUUGGGGUUAUACAGCAGGAAAAAAUCAACUUGAUCCUUUAUUAUCACAAACGAGCGUGACUUCGGCUGUUUCAAAAGGAAGUUGGUUAUCAAAAAAACCAGCAUUUAAUUUUGGUAUUAAUUCACUUCACUUUACAGGACAAGCAGCAUAUGGUAUGUGUAAUUAUGUAGUUAAAGAAAAAGAAGAAAAACGAUGUGCUUUGGAACCAAAUCAUACUCAUUUUCUGUUAUUGGAUGAUGGAACAGACAGACCUGAACAUAUUCUUCCAUUACGAGCUGAUAUUGAAAUGUUUUCAAGACAUAUUAAGAAAAAAAAUGCAUCCGACGAUACUGUAGAUGCAUUAAUACCAAUUGUUAUGGUUUUAGUUGAAGGUGGUCGAUCAGCUAUUCAAUGUGUAUGUGAAGCAUUACUAUCCAAUACUCCAGUUGUAGUUGUUAAAGAUUCUGGUCGUGGUGCUGAUCUUAUCGUUGAUUUAAUUAGAAUUUUUUCUACAGAAUUAAUUAAUCAUACACAUGUUGUUAAAAGUGAAACGAAAGAUCUGCACUUUAACAGACGUCGAUCAUCAAGUUUUGCUAAAGCUAGUCUACGUGUAACAGAAAUAAAUGCUACAUUUGCAAAAUUUCGAAUUCAUAAUCCAUGGAUAGAUGAUCUCAGAGAUGAUCUAUGUCGUUUAUUAAAUGAUCGUAAACAACUUAUAACUAUAUAUUGUUUUGAUAAUACACGACAUAUGAGUAAACUUGAAGAUGCAAUACUUGAAGCUGUAUUUAAUGCUGCAAAAUUUUCUAAUGAAUCAAAUGAACAACAUCGUUCGGCAGCUGAAUUAAAAUUAGCUUUAGCUUGGAAUAAAGUUGAAUAUGCUCGUCAAGCUAUAUUUACAGAAUUUAGUAUAACUAAAUGGACAAAAGAAGAUGUUCGUUUAGGUUUAGUCGAUGCUAUUCGUCGUGGUUAUAUUGGUUUUAUUGAACUUUUUAAUGAAUUUGGUACUACUUUUCCUAAAUUAACUCUGGGUGAUCUAGAGUAUCUAUAUUCAACAGCAUCUAUAGAUAAAGUAUUACCAUUAAAAAAGACAAGAUAUGAAACACCAACAAGAGAAGAAUUCUAUUUAGAAUAUAUGAAAGUUCGAUUGGAGACAUGUACGGAUAAGAAUGUACCUUUGGGAGAACAUGCAACUCGUGAUCUAUUUAUUUGGGCAAUUUUUCUUGAUCGAUUCGAAUUUGCUGUUUAUCUUUGUUCAAAAACAUGGAAUCAAGCUGUUGCACCAUUAUUUGGUGCAAGGUUAUAUAAAAAAGCAGCAACAAUGACACCUGAUUCCGAAAGUAAAUGUCAAUAUGAAACGAAUGCAAAAAAAUUUGAUAAAUUUGCUGCAACAAUUAUUGAUCGAUGUUUUGAUGUUGAUCGAGAUUUUGCUAUUAAUAUAUUAAGAAGACCUGCAGUUGCAUUUUAUAAUCAAAAUCCACUUCAAUUAGCUUUAAAAGGUGAUUGUCGAGCUUUCCUAGCUUCGAGAUGUGUACAAAAAUAUCUCGAUAACGAAUGGUAUGGCAAUAUUAAUUAUAAACGACAACAUAUUAAUACUCGAAUCUUUUUUUGUUCAUUAUUUCUUCCAUUAUUACCCAUCUUUUUUGGUAUUUUACCUUAUUUACAAAGACAUGUACCGUUUAAUCCAAAUAUGACUUCUCGUACAAAAUUUUCUACUGCUUCCUCAAGUUACACUGUUCCGAACACUGUAAAUAUUCGAUGGACUCAAAAGUUAUUGUUUUUCUAUCGAGCACCAAUUGUAAGAUUUUACUAUAAUCUUAUAUUUUUCUUUAUUUUCCUUGGUUUAUUCAGUUAUGUUUUACUUGUGGAUUUUUUUCCUUUAAAUAUAUAUCAUGGUUAUCAUUCGAGUGUUACUGGUUUACCAAUACCAAUUCCAGAAAUAUGGCUGCAUGUUUGUAUAUGGGGAAUAAUUAUAGAAGAAAUGCGUCAAUUUACUUUUACAAAUUCCUUUGUCGAAUAUCUCAAUGAAAUGUCUAAUUUAAUUGAUAUGACUGCUAUUAUUCUUUAUUUAAUUGGAUUUAUGACACGAUUUAUUGUUAUAGAAGAAUAUUUUAUGAUAUCAAAAAUUAUUUUGUGUCUUGAUCUUAUUCUAUGGUAUGUAAGGAUACUUCAUUUAUUUGCAGCUUACGAAAAACUGGGUCCGAAAUUAAUCAUGAUCUUUAAUACAAUGAAAGAUUUACUUUUUUUCGUAUGUUUUAUUCUUAUAUUUCUCUUUGGUUUCUCAAUAACAUCAUGGUCAUUAUUAAUAACAACAUCUCAAGUUCAAUGGAUCUAUGAUACUAAUGGAAAAUUAGUGGAUGUAUUGAUUACUUAUAAUAAUACAAAUACAUGGGGUUGGAAAUUAUUACGAGAUGUAACUAAUUAUGGAGUUUGGAAAGUCUUUGGACAAGUUGAUUUAGUUGAAACGACAAAUUCAUAUCAAGCAGUAGCUUUUGUUUUGGCUAUUCUUUUUGUUACUAUAUCUAAUGUAUUACUUCUAAAUGUUCUUGUUGCUUUAUUUAAUGUUACCAUUGAAAAUGUUCAACAUGAAUCUCAUGAUCUAUGGCGUUAUCAACGUUUUUUAGUUGUCAAUGAAUUUCGACAUAAAUCUUUAUUACCACCACCAUUUAAUACGUUAUUUUGUCUUAUUAGUUCUACACUACGUUUUAUUAAACGUCAUCGAAAAGGAUCUAAAAAUCACGCACCUAUUGUCGAUCAUAUGCAACGUGAAAGUGCAAUAUCAGAAGAUUUUUGGCGUGAAACAUUGCAAUCAAUCAAUAAAAAUUAA